AGAAGACAAAACUGUUUCCGUCCAGUGUAUCGUUCAGUUGAGGAAAGAUUGUUUUUUAGGAAAGAAAAGAUACUUUUAUGAGGUUUUUUUUUUUCCGUCUAAAAGCGUCGCAGUUCACAUCCGCCGCAGCACGUCACCUCACUCAGUGUUCCCACGUGUUGGGGGCGGUGCUCAACUCUGACUUCCCGCAUCACUUUGCCGGGAAUGGUAGAACCACGUGUCUCCACGCCGGGCCGGGUUCUGCGUUAUAAUAGACUGUGAUCAGGGGCUGUAAGAUGGCGGCGUGGUGGGGAGCAGGCGAGGAGAUCUUAACCACCGGUAGCAUGGAAUUAUUCAAUGCCUUUGCACUGGACGAGAGCGAGGUGCUGGAGGGAGCUCUCUCCAGCGAGGAUCUCCAUGACUUGAGCCUGAGCAACCUGGACGUCGGGCUGGACACCGAAGAGGUUCUGGAGUCCUUCCCCGGCUGCUUAGACCCAUCCAUCCUGUCCAUCUUGGAGAGCUCCACGGCCUCUGGAGAGACUGAGAGCCGACUGACCGAAGAAAGCGAAGCCACCCUGCUCACGGCUCUCACGGAGAUCCUGGACAACGUGGACGAUGAGAACCUGUCGCCCUUCGACACGCUCUCGGAUUCGGAGCUCCUCGCCGGGCACAAGGAGCGGGAGCAGUCUCCGCUGAGGCGGUUCCUGAGCCUGGCGCGGUCACCCCCAGAGAGAGAGCCCUUCAGCCUGCGCGGGCACCGGACCCUCUCCUCCUCCUCUUCCUCGUCCAGCAGCAAGGUGGAGGCAGUGGGGCUGGACAGGCCGAGGGGGUCCGUGGGGAAGCCCCGAGAGGAGAGUUCGCGCACGGGGAAGCUGAGGAUGAUCCGCUUCGGAGGGGAGGCCCGGAGCGACGGAGAGGAGGAGGAGGAAGAGGGGGAGGCUAGCGGCUCUGCGCAGGGGUCAGAGAGCGAGAUGGACCCCGCCUCCCCGGAGAUGGUGGAAUUGGCAGUGUCCCUGCCUCUCGAACCCGGAACCGACAGCAUGGCCCUGUGUGAGCUAGUGAAGCACAUGCACCCCUACUGCCUGACGGUGUGUCUGGAGGGGAGUGAGCCGGAGCUGCCGGAAGGAGGGCUUGUGCUGGAGAUACUAGGGCCCGGAGAGCAGGAGGAGACCCCCGUGGCCUCCCCUGAGCCGAGCCCCCCCGCAGCGGUACACGCGGACGGACCGGCAGAAUCGCCGCAGCGCCGGCCGCCGCCAGGUGAGGGUAGCACCCAAGGGGAGGCGCUCCCUGCUGCUCCCAGCAGCCCUGCGGAGGCCGGCCUGCCUGCCGGGGAGGACGAGGGCAAGGCGAGCGAGGAUCGGCCCAGGCAGGAGGCCUCGGAGAAACGCCCGUCUCGCCGCAGAAAGAAACGGAAAGACAAGGAGGUGUCGGGAGGAGGGGGGAGGGCGCUGAGGAGCAGAGCGGGGAAGCAGGACAAGGAGGAGGGAGACUCUGUGAAUGGGGGAUCUGUUCCACCUGUCAACACGUCUCCCCCAAAGGCACCUAGAGAGGCUGAGGCGCCGGCCGAGGCUGCCGAGGGCAAAAUCCCCCAGGAACGUGCGAGCCAACCCCCACAAAAUGUACCAGAAGUGAGUCCAGAAGCUAAUGUGUCUUCACUUCCUGAAACGCCAAAGAAUGCCGAACGAAACCCCACCGAUCUGCUGGAGAAAAACCCAGCUAAGAAACCUGGGCUGCACGAGCCGAGCCCUGCUGCUGCCCCUGAAGUCAAGCCGGGUGUGCCAGCGUUGGGAUCCGACUCCCACUCCCCAGUGCCCCCGGUUUCCCACAGCCCUGAAGUGCAGGGGGGUGGCAAGACCGCCGCUGGCGGAGAAGGCCCGUCUGCCCCCCAGCCCAAGGAGCCCAAGCCCAGACUGCUGAGCCUGGAGGAGUACCGGCUGCUGCGGCAGAAGAAAAAGCCGCAACCGGUGGAGAAGCCCGAGGACCAGCGCCCCAAGUGGCCCACGCUGCCCGAGCUGCCCAGGGAGCUCCCGCCCAUCCCCUGCCUUCCCGAGCCCACCCCCCCCGGCCUGCGGAGGGCCUCUGUCGACCCGGCGCCCAGCGCCAUGCCAGCGUGGCAGCCCAUCGGCCCCGGGGCGCCGCCAACCCCUGAGGCCCUGCUGGUGCCGCCGGGGUCGGCGUCGGCCCCCAUCAAGCCCGCCCCCGCCUCGAAAGCCACAGCCAGGCCUGCCCCAGAAGGUGCUCCGAACUCUUCUUCUCUCCCGAAACCUGCUCCAGUGAUCACUACGCCCAGGCCGCCCUGCGCUCUGAAAGUAGCCGCGCCCGACCCCGGCGUUCAGCAGAGCGCUGCCCGCUCGGGGGGGCCGGGCCCCUGCAACAGGGCAGUACCACUACAGGGCUCCUGUCGGCCAGCCGUGACUCCCGGCCUGGGCCAGCAGCUGAAGCCCGCUCCUGCAGCCGGUCUCCCUGACAAAGGCUCCCGGCUGGGCCCCGCUGUGCGGGCCCUUCCCACCAGCCCUCCAGAGGCUCGUGAACCCCUGGCCCAGACCACUACAGAGACCCUUAAACCACAGUCUAAUAGCGUUUCUCCCAAGAGCAACUCGGGGGCAGCGGACCCCGUUGCCCGUGUGGGUGGGCCGACUAAGUGCCCUGCCCCUUCCCCUGCCCCCGCCUUCUCUCUGACCUCGGCUGCCCAGGGCGUGCCUCCGUCUCGCCCUGUGCCUGCUGCUGCUGCUGCUGUGAACCCCCGCCUUCCAGCCCGGGACAAACUUCCCAGAGCGGAGACCUGCGCCCCGCCAGUCUCGGCCGCAGCCCGGCCAGCCGCCUCCAGGAAGCCGAGUCCUGCCGAGGCCCUCAUCCAGGCCUUCACCAGUGAGAUCGGAAUCGAAGCGUCCGAUUUGACCAGCCUGCUGGAACAGUUUGAGGAGACUCAAGCUGCUGUGUGCUCGGAGCCUCAGCCUGAUGGGAAAUCGCUGGAGCGCGGGCUCUUCCUGGGUCUAGCCAGUUCCGCCGGCCUCACUCCUCCUGCCACCCCGCCUCACCACCCGUGGAAGCCCGUGACCCCAGCGGCGGUGGUCCCGGGCAAGCCCAAGCCUGCCGAAGUUCCCAGGCCGUGCAACUCCAAGACCAUCCAAAUCAUCGACCCUCGGCCGCUGCCCCGAGCCAAGACGCGCCCCAAAGCCCCCGCCGCCCCCGCCCCCGAGCCUGUUCCUGCGCCCACCUCCCAGAUCCCGGCCUUCACCGACCACGACUACUGCCUGCCUCAAACAGAGCCAGCAGGGAGCGAUCUGGGAACGCGGUGGAACGUGAAGCAGCUGCCCGUCAUCACCAUCAAGCCUAUAGAGCGCCCCUCUCCCCCGGCCCCCGUCUCCACCAAGCCUCCCGGGGUUCCUGUCGCCCCCUCACCUAAAAAGUUUAUCAGCCAGCCCCUGGACCAUAGGACUCAGCCUGCAAUGGGCAUUCUGUCCGGCUCGGUCAUGCUCUCCCCGGAGAGCUCCCCCUGCAGGUUGGAGGCCGACAUCGCACCCGCGGAGAAAUCCCCGAGCAGCAGGACCUUCCGCUACGACGAGAGUCCAGCCAGCCCCCCGGCAGAGGAGAGAGGCCGGGCUAGGAGGCGGUACCGUGUCCGGUCGCCGAGCUCCAGCUCCAGCAGCUCGGAUUCGGACUCCCAGUCUUCAUCCGAGUCCGGGUCUCGCUCCCCACCCAGGAAGAGGAGGCUUCCCCGCCGCUGCUACCGCCACUACUCCUACUCCAGCUCCCGCUCCGGAUCUUGGAGCCGCUCGCGCUCGCGCUCCCCCAGCUCACCCCCGCGGCACUGGAGGAGCAGCAGCAGCAGGAGGAGGAGCCACAGCCCGGGUUAUGGACAAUACAAUCGCUAUGAUUCAAGGGAUCGAAUCUGCCGCCAGGAACUGAAGAACCAGCUCAAGGAGAAAGCUAUUGAGGAGAGGCGGGUGGUGUACAUUGGGAAGAUUCGUGGAGGGAUGACGCGGAAGGAGCUGAAGGAACGCUUCUCCCUGUUCGGCGAGAUCGAGGAAUGCACCCUGCACUUCAGAGAGCACGGGGACAACUAUGGCUUCGUCACCUACACCCACACGCACGACGCAUUCACCGCCAUCGAGAAAGGGAACAAGCUGCGCAAUCCCGAUGAGCUGCCCUUUGACCUCUGCUUCGGGGGCCGGCGGCAGUUCUGCAAAACCAGCUAUGCUGAUCUGGAUUCGAACCGGGAGUUUGACCCCGGUCCUGCGAAGAGCAAGUUUGAUGCACUAGACUUCGACACUUUACUCAAGCAAGCCCAGAAGGGCCUGAGAAGGUAACCAAGGCCGGAGGCGGAGGCAGAAGAAUUACCUCAGAGCUGCUGCGGGCUCCCACCCAAGGCGCUGCCUUUUCACUUACGUCGCUUUUCUUUCAUGAUGUUCUGCAAGCUUACACCUUCUGUUGAAGAGAAAUUUGUAAGAAAAAGGAAAAGAGCAAAAAAAAUGGAAUAAGUUUAAAAAAAAAACCCACAUAAAACGUGCAAUUUUUUUUUAGGAACCGUAUUUAACAUAUUUGAUCAUUUGCAUUCCCAAAUGGUACAGUAUGUAAGUUGACUUGCCAACUGUUUUAAGGAAAUGUUAGCAAACACAACAAAAAGUCCGUAACAGAUGAAAGGAAGGCUGCCUUAUUUUUGAGGUAUGAGGUGUCGGAAGGGUGCAAAAAGUUUUGGGGGGGGGGAAUCUAAAUAAAAAAAAAUUAUGAA